UGGAAAGACUACGUUGUGGUACGAAUGCGCAAUCGCAUUGCGAACAGUUUCACGAGUUGAGUUCUUUAGUGACGAGAGACGAGGAAUAAACAGGAGGGUUAGAGAGACACAACGUAGAGCGAGAGAGAGAAGAUAGGACGAGGCAAAAGCGAUCACGAUGCACGGAGGAAACGGCAAGCGGCCACAGGCACAGGGCUGAAAGCUUGAAGGCUUCGGCCAGGGGCUCAUUUACGUCAUUUAAUUAAUCGAAAAAUUUAUACAACCAUGGAACAACCUAAAACAGCAUCGUCCAGACUACUAAAUACGUCCUGCAUCGAGAACAAGGACGACUUAGAAGAGAAAUUCGAACGUUGUUAUUCAGUAUUGGUGGGAUUAACAUCAGGAUUAUCAGAAAAAGAAGCUCACGAUACAUUAAAUAAUGCCGUUUGUAAGGAUAAAACCCACGAAGAAGUGUCUUUAGGAUUAUUGGUAGUGAUUCUAACGGAUCCCCAAGAAGCAGCAAAGAGUUACAGAGAUUUAACAUUAAUAACACGUGAUGGUCUAGCAAUUGUUCUUGGCCAUUUGAAUCAAUUAGUGCUUGAACGUUAUUUAAAAUUAAAUGAUGUUACUCGAACCCAAUUAAUGUGGCUUUUACGAGAAUUAAUAAGGACCAGUGUAGCUAAUGUUGAUAAUCUUUGUUUAAGUUUAUUACGACAUACUGCUGGUGGUGAUAUAUCGGCGCGUAAUUUAUAUUUAGCUGAUAAAUUACUAGAUAUAUUUCAAGAAAAUCGAACUUGGUUGGAUAAAUAUCCUUUUUUAGUUGCUUCUAUUGUUUAUACUUAUUUGCGUCUUAUUGAGGAUCAUAGUGCGCCACAUUUAAGUGCAUUGAGACAAAAAGAAGUGACAUUCACGGUAUCUUUGAUCAGAGAAAGGAUGAUGGAUUGUCUAGUUAUUGGAAGGGAUUUGGUACGUUUGUUACAAAAUGUUGCGAGGAUAAGUGAAUUCGAGGCUCUUUGGAAAGAUUUAUUAACAAACCCAAAGUCAAUAAACUCCAAUUUUACUGGAGUUUUGCAGUUACUUCAAACAAGAACAUCAAGAAGAUUUCUACAAUCACGUUUAACACCAGAUAUGGAGAGGAAAUUAGUCUUUUUAACAAGCCAAGUUAGAUUUGGUAAUCAUAAACGUUAUCAAGAUUGGUUCCAAAAACAAUAUUUAGCAACACCAGAAUCACAAUCAUUGAGAUGUGAUUUAAUAAGAUUUAUUGUUGGUGUUAUUCAUCCUACUAAUGAACUCCUUUGUUCGGAUAUUAUUCCACGUUGGGCAGUCAUUGGUUGGCUAUUAACCACCUGUACAUCAGCCGUUGCUGCUAGUAAUGCUAAAUUAGCAUUAUUCUAUGACUGGUUAUUUUUUGAACCUGAAAAGGAUAAUAUUAUGAACAUUGAACCUGCUAUACUUGUCAUGCACAACUCCAUGAGAUCUCAUCCAGCUGUCACUGCCACACUUUUGGAUUUUUUAUAUAGGAUAAUUCCAAAUUUUUAUCCAGCAUUAACAGAUAAAGUUCGUAAUGGAAUUUUUUCAUCACUUCGACAAAUUUUAGAGAAACGCGUACUACCUAGUUUAUAUCCAUUAUUUGAUAGUCCAAAAUUGGAUCGGGAAUUGAGAAGUAAAAUUCGGGAAACAUUUAAGGAAUUUUGUCUACCACCAAAUAGUGACACUGCAGGUAAUAAGGCGCCAAUGUAUUCAGGUAAAAUGGAUGAAAUGGAGAACACAUCAAACUCAUCUCCAGUUGAGAAUAAUCAUGUUGGUAAUCAAGAUCCUGAGCCAUCAUUCAGUGAUGAUGAUGAAGAGAUGCCUCUUAGGAUAGUAACAAAGGAGGAAGAGGAUGACGAUGAUGUGCCUUUGUCGAAAAUAAAAUUAAAAAAGGAUAAAGAAAAGCUGACAAAUUGCAUAGGAAAAACGGAAGAUUUAACAUCUCAAUUAAUAAAUACAUUAGCACCAGAAGAGCUUAAAACGGCAGUUGAUAAUUUAUACACUGAAAUAGACAACGAAACGAGGUGUCAAAUAAUGGAAAGGAUAGUUCAGAUGAUUGUUGAUGAUGAUGUAAGAGUUGAAAUGAUUACCCCGCUAAGGAGAUGCCUAUCAGCAAUAUUAAGUUCACAAAUUGAUGCACAAAUAUUCCCGUCAGAUAAUUUAAAUGAUGAAUCUCUUAUGGAUAGCAUCAGUACACCAUUAUUUGUCAUGUUUAGAAAUUUUUUUCAAUUAUGUAAAGAAGAGGAUAUUCGUAAAAGUUUUCUAGGAUAUUUUUUAGGUGAAUUUCAAGUAUGUCAACCAAGAACUGGAUAUUUAUUACUUUAUUUUUUGAAAGUAUGGGGUAGAGCUGAAGAAAUAAGAGAAGGUUUAGCCUCAAAUGCAACAAAUGAAGUUAAAGCUUCUGUUUAUAAAGACUUUUGUUCUGAUAGAAUAACAAAAAAUGUUGAAGCUUGUUUAUUAGCUGAUUUAAAACUUUGUCAUGAAGACAAUGUUGAUCUUUUAUGUUAUUUAGUACCUGAUAUCUUCAUGUGUUUUCAAAAUAUUGCUAUUGGUAAUUCACAACUUUUACAUCUUGUCGUUUCAACUAUUGACUCAUAUCAAUUACAAGAACUAGUCUGUCAGAUAAUGCAAGGACAAUUGAAAAUGUUGGAGAAAGAUUCAAUUACUAGUUUAUUAACUGCUAGUUUAGAUUGGGAAACAUUUGAACAAUAUUGCUUUUGGCAAUUAAUAUUUGCUCAUGAUUUCCCAAUUAAAUAUGUACUGCCUGUAUUACCGAAAUUACAAUUUAAAGAUCAUGCUGAAGCUCUUACGUCUAUACUAUUUAUGCUCAAACAAGAAAAGCCAACAUUAGAACUUCUUAAACAAUUAUUCACAAGAAAAAAUACUGAUGGUGAUUUAUUUGUGGUAGCAGCAUUACGUUAUUGGUGUCGAGAUUAUGAAGAAAAAUUAGCUGAAUUGUUAGCCAAUUUACUAAAUACUCGUUAUCCAGCAACAAGUCCGAAUAAACGAAAGCGUGCUGGAGCUAAACAAAAUCAACAACAAUCAGGACCACCAACUGGUGAACAAGUUUUAAGUCAUUUAGAUCAAUUACGACAACUUUGUCGUGCUUCGGCUGAUCUUCAAUUAUACCAAACUGAAGGCAUGCAAAGAGCUCUACAACAAGCUCAAGCUGCUAGCACUGAUACUGUGAGAAAAAAUUAUGGUGAUUUGUUUGCAUUAGCUGAAAUUAAUGAAGAAAAUGAACCACCACCACCACCCACUAGUUCAUCGAGAAAACAUACUGCUGCUGCUUCGGCUGCUGGUAAAGGUCAUAGAAAGGUUGCACCAAGCACCAGAGAACGAUCUGCUAGCAAAAGAGCACCUCCUAGAGAUAGGGGUACUGAAAGUAGCGACCAAAGUAGUGAAGAUGAAAUGAUCGCAAAACCAAAGCAAGCAAUGAAAAGAAGAAAGGUAGCUCCUGUCGAAUCAGAUAGUGAUUGACCACCAAGUGUCUUCAAACACAUAAUGGACCAUAAUAAAUGUGUAAAUCAACCUAAAUUACCGUUAAUAUUAUUAGGUAAUAACUUUAAAUUUUCAAAAGCACAUGUUGAUGAGGAAAAAUAACGCAUUUCAAUUAGAAAAAAAGAAACAAGUAAUUGGUACUAAUUAUUGAUUGAAAAAGAAAGAAAAAAUUUUGAUUUUUAAAAUAAAAUCCGACUACUAAAUUAGAGAAUCAAUGUGUAAAAAAACAAAGUGAUUAUUGAAAUGAAAAAACGGGUUUGAUCAAAAUUAUUGAAUUUUUAUUUUGUACAUUUUUUUGGUUAUG